GCUAACCAUUGGCUUAUCCGGAAGCCCCUGCAAAAACCCCAUAGUUUUCUUCAAAUUUUGGCAAGGAGCACGUGUUGCCUUUUUAAAGCAGUUUUACACCAAUUUUUAUACGUAUUUGCCUUGCAACUCCCAGCAAGUGUUGGAAAGAAUCCACCGUUCGCGAUGCCCCCAAAACGCAAAGCAGUGCCAGCAAAGCGUAAAGCACCCUCAGGGACUCCAGCCCGAGCGCCAGGGAGAAAAGUUCCCCGCCAUUGCAGAACAGGCACAGGCCCCGCUGCGGACCCGCCACAGGCCCCAGUGGAGGUUUUACCACCACCCCAGGCUCGGGCUCAAGACCAGUUCCCCCCAGUGGUUCACCCCGAAGUCAACAACAACUCGGUGGGCCAGAUUCCGAAGUCUUGCACCGGAGGCGGACCAUUGGCCCACCCCUCUACCACCUCACAUUUGGAACAUUUGGAGCAAGAGGCAUCAAGACUUCUGUACAGAUCUUUGGCCCCAAACACCCACCAGUCUUAUAACACCGCUUUAGCAAAGUUCAAUCAGUUUAGGGCACAGUAUGACUUGGCCCAAAUCUGGCCUGUACCUACAAACCAACUCGUACAUUUCAUUGCUUAUUUAUCAAUCAACAAUUUAUCAUACAGAACUAUAUGUCUAUAUAUAAGUGCAAUGUCCUACCAUCACAAAAUUUUGGGUGCUUUAGACAACACUAGGCAUUUCAUAGUUACAAAGUCUCUCGAGGGUGUCCGGCGGUCAGUCGGUGUCAACAAGGACAUUCGACUCCCCAUUUCAAUCCAAUUAUUUACAAAAAUUAUCCAUUCCCUCAAUUCAGUAUGCCGCUCACCCUAUGAGUCAUUACUUUUUGCGGCAACAUACACUGUUACCUUUUUUGGCUUGUUACGAGUAAGCGAAGUUCUUGCAUUGCAAGCAAAUCACAUUUCUCAAAAUCAGUUGGGUCAGUUUUUCAUUACUAUCAGCUCAUCAAAGACCGACCAAACAGGCAGGAGCUCGGUUGUGCAAAUUCAACAGCUACCUCAAACUCAUUUCUGUCCAUCAUCAACAAUCACUCCAUUCCUCCAAGCUAGACCCCCGAGAAAACCCACUUUAUUUGUUCACAUUGAUGGCUCACCAGUUACACGUUCCCAAUUUCAGGCAGUUUUGGACAAGUCACUCUCUUUUUUACAGGUCAAAGGUCACUACAAGUCUCACAGUUUUCGCAUAGGCAUGGCUACUGAAAUGGCAAAUCAGGGUUUUUCUAAUGAAAAAAUUCAAGAAUUGGGGAGAUGGACAUCUAAUUCCUUUCUUACUUACAUCCGCCCUCAUAACUCUCAUUAGGUUUCCAGUUACAUUCCCAAUUUAUCUAGCACCACUGUAUUUUGGAUAACACUACAUACACACAAUGAAUACAUACAUCAGUAGGACUCAACACUAAUUUUAACAAAGCCUUUUUAGAUUUAUCAGCCUGGAUUGUGGGGUCCUCAAUCCCCUAUUGGGCUGAAAUUGCAGCAGCGGAUAGACCGGGGGGGAAAAACCUUAACCUGCAACCACCUGUAACCAUUCAGUGGAAAGGUAUCCUUGGACUACAAUGGGAAGAUUUCGACAAGAUGGUAACAUCAAUGUCAAAAUACCAGACUCCACCAGAAUUCUUCAUCAUUCACCUCGGUUCAAAUGACCUAACCAAAGAUCAAAUGACUUCCAAAUUGUUUUCUGAAAAUGCACAAUGUUCAUUGUAUAGAUUGCAUGCUUUAUGGCCAAAAACAACCCUCAUCUGGUCUGCCAUCCUACCUAGAAGAUAUUGGCAUUUUGCCCCUUUGGGUCUGGGAAACAAAAUCAAUAAAAAGCGGGUCAGAAUUAACAAGUGCAUGAAAAAUUUCAUGGCUGACCAGGUAGGGGGUUGUUACAUCGGCCAUGACCACAACAUCAAGGCAACCGAGCUUGAGUUGUUUCGAUCAGAUGGUACACACCUGUCGAACACUGGUAACAACAUAUAUCUCAACAAUAUUCAAUGCGCUCUACAAUAUUUCAUUGAUGGACAAGGGAACCAGUAUCCAGUGGUUAACUAAAAAGCAACUGUUCACAAUCCCAUGCUUCACAUAUGUACAAUUUUUAUGUUAGUAAUCAGAAAGUUCUGAUGCUUGCCUUGCGCCCACGAUAGGACCAAUGUUUUGGCCCAAAAUUUUAUUUUACUUCAAAGCAUAAUGUGCUGCCAUACUUGGUUUGGCCUUUGUUUCAUGCUCUUUUAAUUUCAUGUACAACCUAAGGCAAAUAUAAAUAUUAACCGUCUCUGACAAUUUUGCUUCUUUAUUUACCAGCAUCUACACAAAUUAUUGCAUGUAUAUGUAUUAGUUUUACAUAUAUAAUAUUAAUUUUAUCAAGGGUUUUGUGGGGGACAUUGUCCCAAUAUCUGUGGCGGGACUGGGGAGUCCGCAGUGGUAUGUGUUGACACUUUCUGCUCCAAAACCUGGGUGUCUCCCCCCACUUGCUUUCAAAGCUAGGGGAUAGUAUAUAAAUUAAAUCAUUCAAUAUGGUUUAUAAAAGGCAAAGUUAUUACAGUUAACUGCGCCAUGUGGUUACAAUUUAAAAUUGGGUUUAUUGUAUAGUGGGGCCUACACUGGGUAUAGGUGGGGCCACAUCCACCUCACUCCAGUGAGGGGAUGCUACAGGCUGGUGCAUGUAAUAAUUGGUUGAUAAAGUAGCCUUUGUCAUGCAAAGUUCUAAACCAGGUAGCACUGCAGGAGACAGGGUGAGAAGGGCAGGUCUCACUACCCUCCUUAGAACGCUGGGGAUCGUUCAGGUUCGGGCACUGAUGUUUCAUACUCGGGCCCACAGUGUGUCCCUACAUGGGUAGUUAAACUGGCACACUGGUCGGCUCCCCAGUUACCCCACAAAAAAUCAUUAUGCGGCCAACAUCCACCAAUUGUUUGUAAUAGCGGAGUAAUAAAUAUUUCUCAUACUAUUUAUUGUUAAGUUCUAUUUCAUUAUUCCAGAAUGUUGCCAGGCUCUGUGUCUUUCAAGCGAAUAUAAUGUAUAGUGCUGGGUUAGCUUGGUGAAUUCAAUAAUUAAUCAGGAUUAUUUGUUUUUAUAUCAAAUAGUCUGUAUUAAUUUUGAGACACACUGUAUAUUCGGAAAAAACUCGGUACGAGCUAACCAUUGGCUUAUCCGGAAGCCCCUGCAAAAACCCCAUAGUUUUCUUCAAAUUUUGGCACCCACCCCCCCAGCCCGCAAUUUUUUAACUAUUUCAAACUUAAAUAUUGAUAUCUAUAUUUGUGCUUUUGGUUUCUUUCUCGUUUUUCUUUUCUUUAUUUUGACAGGUCAUUGAGUAGCAAAUUGAGAGCAGACUGGAAAUCCACUAGUAGACCAGAAAAAACAGCCAGACAGGAUGACAAGCAGCUCGGUGUCAUCUGGACUCGUGUUCAACAGUUUAUCUUUUUUCAAUAGACUUUCAUUUUUGUUAUACUUGUA